AUAGCAAAACAACAACGAAACAGACACAAAAUCACAUUUAAAUUACGUAUACGCCGCUUAGCCGUAUAAACCCAACAAAUAACAGACAUCAUGGCAGCCGCAACAACAGCGAACAAAUCACCACAGCUACAACUGCAACAACGACAAGAACAGCAACAACAAGUUAGCAGACAGCAGCAUCUUCAUCUAGCAGCCAGCAGCAGCAGCAGCCGCUCCUCCUUCCCCUCUGCCGCCGCCGCCGCCACCCGCAACAUCUUUGCCUCCUGCAUGUCCAUCGCUUUUGUUGUCGUGUUCGCCGCUGUGCUGCUGGCAGGGAACUGUGUCAAUGGGCAAAUUGAUGGCUACAUUGCUGGCGAGGAUUAUCCAGCUUAUGAUGUGGUGCCCAAGGGUUUGGCCUUCAACUGCCAAGGACGUCAGCCAGGCUACUACGCGGAUACCGAGACAAGGUGUCAGGUAUGGCACUGGUGUCUGCACUCUGGCCAUCAAUACUCCUUCCUCUGUCCCAAUGGCACCGUCUUCAAUCAGGCUGUGCGAGUCUGCGACUGGUGGUCAAAUGUGAACUGCGAGAGCUCGGAGCAAUUGUAUCAGAAUAACGAUGAAUUGUAUCGCAUACCGGAGCGUAAUCAACAGCAGCAGCAGCAGGAUGAGGUAUGAUAUAAGGCUGAUGAUGAGUAUAAGAUUGGGACAGCGAAACGACAACGAGGUGGCAGACAGCGUCAGUUUGUGGCACAGCAAAACACAAGGAACAUCAGCAACAUCAGCAACAACAGCAGCAGGAGCAGCAACAAUAUAGAUAGCAACCAGCACAACAAUAAGAACAGCAACAGGAUCGUAGAUAGCACCGCAAAAAUUAACUACAAUAAAAUGACCAAAAAUAGUUUUAGAGGCAGCAUGAGAUACACAAGCAAUCCAUCUCAGUCGUCAUACUCAUCAUCACAGCAGCAACAGCAACAACAGCAACAGCAACAAUAUAAUUCUAGUAUAAAUAGCGAAUAUCAAAGUAGACAAAAUGGCAGCAGCAGUAGCAGUAAGCAAAGAAGUAGAAAUUAUAGUGGUAGAAAUAAAGGUAAUCGUUAUAGCAUAGGCAAUAUGCCCACUAGACAUAAAGAUCGCACCUCAAACACACAUCAACAACAACAUCACAGCAGCAACCACACCAACAACAACAACAACUACAACAGCAAACAUCGUGGCACUCAGCGCUAUAAUUUGAAUAAGUUUGAAAACGAUGAUGAGCUUAAGGAUUAUAAGAGCAAAAUCAAAAACAAAUACAACAUCGAUUAUGAUCAUUCUUUGGAUGAAGAAUAUGAAAUAAUUGACGCCAUUGAGUGAAUAGAAAUCAAUAAAGAACAUCUCAGAAAAAGGAUUGUAGUUGUUGUUUCGAGGCAAGAAAUGAAUUUACUGCAAGAAUUGCUUAUCAUUUGUAAAAUCCUCUCACCAGUUGGCACGUUUCCCAAUUUUAGUUUUGUAAAUAUGUAAUUUCCUUAAUCCAUUUAUGUACCUGCAACA